AAGUUGAAUUCACUUUCACUGUUCACAAACUACAAAGCUACAAACUUACAAAGACAAACUUACAAUAUUCUUUUUAAACUAAAAAGUUCACAGCAAGUUUAGCGUCUCACUUAUCGUAGUAUAUAUAUAUAUAUAUUUAUUAAAUAUUUACUAAAUAUUUACUUAAUGAAUAGAUCGGUUACAUUAACAUUUUAUGUCGUCUCGACUCUCUUAAUGUUUACGGCGGAUAGACGCAUAAUGGCCAUGUUAUUUUAACUGAAAACAUUAACACGUAAACAAUUUUCGGGAACUGGAUUGGCGUUACAAAAUAUAUUGAAUUCUUUAAGAAUCAUGGAUCAUUUAGUUGAUGACUAUGAAGCUUUAAGGGACUUUCUUUUAGAAGCAGAACUGCAUCAAUAUUAUGAAUUAUUCAGGGAUAUAUUAAAAGUAAGCAAAUUGUCACAACUAAAAUAUGUUGCAAUUGAAGACCUUGCACAAAUUGGUCUGUCAAAACCAGAGCAAAGAAGGUAUAAAAAACUCUACACCAAAUAUUUUCCAAACAAUUAUAUGACAAAAAUAAAAAAGCUCCUUAGCGCAAACAAAAAACAAGAAACUUUUAAUCAUGGACUUGAUUUAAACACUGUUGAUUUUCAUCAAUAUUCUGAGAGUAAUACUAAAAUAUCUCCAAAACAUAUUAUUUCAAUAGAAGACAUAACAAUAAACAAGGAAUUAGGCAUGGGCCAGUUUGGUGUUGUUCAGCAGGGAACAUGGGCUACUGGCAAUCAAAGAUUGCAAGUUGCUAUAAAGUGUCUUGGUAAUGAGCGAAUGACAUCAAACUCUACAGAAUUCCUUAAAGAAGCGGCUGUGAUGCAUAGUAUUGAACAUCCUAGUAUAGUAAGGUUGUAUGGGGUUGUUCUACAUAUGGAUUCCCUUAUGCUGGUAACAGAACUAGCACCCCUUAGAUCUCUUUUAGAAUGCCUACAGGAAGUAACUUUUCGAAGUAAUUUCCCAGUGCCUAAUCUUUGCGAGUUUGCUGAACAAAUCUGUGAUGGAAUGACUUAUCUUGAAAAUAAAAGACUGAUUCAUAGAGAUCUUGCUGCAAGAAAUAUAUUAGUAUUUAGCAAAGAUAGAGUAAAAAUUUCAGAUUUUGGUUUAUCCAGAGCUUUAGGAGUUGGGAAAGACUAUUAUCAAACAAAUUAUAAUGUUAAUCUUAAACUACCUGUAGCUUGGUGUGCUCCGGAGUGUAUACUGUAUCUGCGCUUUACAUCAGCAAGUGAUGUAUGGGCAUUUGGUGUGUGUCUAUGGGAAAUGUUCACUUAUGGUUUUCGGCCAUGGGUUGCAUUCUCCGGACAACAAAUUCUGGAGGCCAUUGACGCACCUAACUAUCAGCGAUUAGAGCGCCCAGAAUGCUGUCCCGAUGCCUAUUACUCACUGAUGCUUGAGUGCUGGUCUCAUGAUCCCAACAAUAGACCGAAGUUUAAAGACUUAAAGCCUCGUCUAAAGCAAAUAAGACCUGAAGAGGUUCAAGCGAUUGGUAACCAACAAAGGAGCGUGGAAGGCCUUCAUAGUAACUUUCUGAAAUACAAAGUUGGUCAAAAAAUUACAGUUCUUGGGAAAGAGGAUUUUACAAAGACAGCGAUGUGGUAUGGCGUUUUAUCUGGCGGGACAUGUGGGACUUUCCAUCCGAACAACACGAAACCAAUCAUCAAAAAUGAGAGAUCUCAAUCACUCGAGCCUGGCUCCUCUCCGCAUCCGUCACGCACCAUCCGUUCAUCACUUUUGCGAUCUGAUGCUAAACGGCACACGGUUAUGGGCAAACGUUCAAUACAACGAAGUAUGAUAUCUAGCCCCCAAGGCGACGUGAAGCAUACAGGUCAUGUGGGCGCCGAUGGUGCUUACUUCGGCGAUAUAUCAUUUUUGGAUCCCGCUGGUUGUCCUCCACGCCAAAUCGUGACGCCCUACCGACCGUCUGAAGAUCUAGAACAGGUGCCGCUCAUAAACCCAAAUUCACCGUCGCACUUAACAGCUGCAAGUACACCAUACCCUCUGCUGACUUCGGGCUUCGAGCAGAGGCCUGGCUGCGAUCAAGUCGACUUAGCCUGCGUUGAUUCGAAACAGAAGCCGAUCAAGAAGGGUCAUUUGAAAUCAGUCCUAGAACCGACGACAAGCAAGAGUCUUCUGAGUAAGGUAAAGUCGGCGACCCUCGGGCGCUCACAUAAAACCGAAGAUGGAAUCCAAGGAAGAUCCGCAGAAACCCACGAGUACCAUGAAAUCUCCGACACAGACACCGAAAGCACGGCUACUGAUAAUGCGAAAGCUGAUGUACCUUCACCAGACGCAGUUAUUAUGAAAGCUUCCACGGACUUUAGUAAAAGCUUACUUGACGAAAUGGAGUCUAUGUUUCGAAAUUUAGAUGACAGACGCCGCAAUGAAAUCAACCUUCACCAUGAAAUAGACGCAGCUAUUAGCAGAGCACAUACAUUGAACAAGACAGAGAAAAAAAAAUCAUUCCACACAGCGACAAUGAAACUUAUGUCCGCUCAUGACACAAGAACGUUGGAUACGGCGGUCGCCUUAGCAAACGAAAUUACUUCUAAAUCAAUGACGGGUUUGGACGAAACAAAAUUGCCGACGUCGCCAAGUGAACGACUAAAGUUUCAUUUUAAAUUUCCUCUAGUUUCACUUCAUCAUAAUAACCAUCACGAAGGUGAAAAGGAGAUAUGUGGGAAACGCAAUUUCAGCGAGGAAGCCAAUAGCGUUCCAAACAUUCAGGAAACGAUAACUGAAGAAUCAAAGAUGGUGUAUGCUAGCCUAGUUGAAGGGCCCACCUCAGCAAUUUCUACCAUCCAAUUGCCCCAAGAAAAUCCAUCUACUUCAACGAUUCCCAAGGAGACGCGAAACCAAUCGCCAAGAGUUGUUUUUAACUCCUUGCCAUCGACAUCGAGCAAGGUGUUCAUUAACCCCCGUGUCGUUGACACGUGCUGCAAUGAUGGCAAUGAAAUCCCUCUGCCUCCACGGACCACCAAACCAAAACUAGUUGACAAGCCACGACACGUGCGAAAGCACCCACUUCGCUUCCCAAUUUGCUGUGAGCCACAACCAUCUCCGCUUACCACUAGGCCAAGACAAGCCCCCGUAAAUACCUACCAAAACAUUGGUACUGUAAUCCAGAACGAAUACUCGGAGGGCCCUGUACGCAACAACCCCUCCAUAAUGGACCCAGCAACCAACCCAUUCUAUCCGUCGUGUGAAGACAUUGUUUUGCCGGAUUUAUCAAAAAAUCCUUUCAUGUGCUAUUUAAGUAACUAUGACGCCGUAACGGAUGAGGGGGAAGAUGCUAUAUUCGAAGAAGUAUUCCUUAAAGGUGGUUCUUCUAGCAGCGAGAGGACUAAUCAUAAAGAUCACGUUUCAGUGGAGGAUCUCCUUCAAUUUGCUGAUAGGAAGCCGUCAUCGAAACAGAGAGGGGUGGAAUCUGAUGAAGUUAGAAUCAUGAAUAAGGUGCUAAAGGAGAUUUCACCCGAGGAGUGCCUUGAAGCGUUGGAAUUUACUGAUUGGAACAUACAUAUUGCCAUAAAGUUGCUUAAAAUGAAGAUUGCAGUUGCUGGAUCAGGAGAAACAAAAUUUGAAGAGUUGCAACAGGAAUUAGAAAGUGCGGAUGGUGAUGUACCGAAAGCUGCUGCGGCGUUUAUAAAUUUAAAUAAAAAGGAAGAUGUAUAAA